AGGCGAAUUUGAAGCAUUUCGGGUAUCAGAUUAUUCUGAUAAAGAAGAAGAUAAUAGCAAUAAUGAAGAGGAAGAAAAUAGUAAGGAAAUGAUAACAUUAGACUGGGAUGCAUGUAUUAAUCGUUGGAUUGAAAUGGUUAAUGAUGAAUUAUAUGAGGACAAAAUUAAUAUUGAAAAUCGAA